CUUGAAGCCGCCAGCAGAGAGGGCAGGUUACCGGGAGCCCGGUCUGGGUCUGUCCGAUUCGGGGUAUGGGUCCAGGCUGCUGUCUUCCUGGGUAUCAGAAUGCAGAUCUCAAUAAUAAAAUGUGCUCUCCUUUGGCCUGUUCGAUAUGUCUCAGGAUCCAUUCAAUUAACAGAAACCAGUAAUUACUUAACUAAUGAAAGGCUGCAGCUCUCUGUGGGACUUCACUGGAAAACAGCUCUCGAUUGACACUUUUUAUGGACUGUGUUAUUUGUAUUAUCAAUAUGCUAUUUAUUUUAUAAUUAACCCAAUAACCGUGCACAAUGCAGCACCCGAAUAAAAAGCUGCCAAUGAAUGGCCCACCUGGGUCAAGCACGAACCUUUCAAAAAUAUUAUUUGGUGGUUUAACUUCCAAGGAAAAUGAAAAGGCUAACACCUUAUCUACAGUGAAAGGUAUUUUAGGACCUCACAAUGGCCGCAAGCGUUAUCGACCCCCGUCACUCACAAGCCCUGGGUCAGAAGACUCUGCAAGCCCUUCUGCAUCAAAGAAACCAGCAAUAUAUCGCCACGUUUACAAAACAUCUAAAGCCCUCCACCCCAGGUCUUCACAGAGACCUCAAACAUCAGAUUCUGGAAGGAGUAAGGAGAUGUCUCCGAGCUCUGAAACCAUUUCCACUGUCCACAAAGAUUAUAUCCUGUUCAGUCCUGCCCAUCAGGUGUCUAUACUAGAGAAGAGGAAGCAACAAGACACAAACAUCAAUCUCUCUGUGUCGGUGUUGACUCCUCCACCUGGACUGGAUCGGACAUUCCUGGAGAACAGCAAACUCAGUGACAGCAUAUCUGCAUCCGGACUCCAUAUGGCAGCUCCAGAUGACUUGACUGAUAAACUCCUGCUGGCCAGCUGGGGGCUUCCUAAAGCUGUUCUUGAAGUGUACGGCAGCAUCGGCGUGUCCCAGAUGUUUGAGUGGCAAGCAGACUGUCUGAUGCUCGGGCAGGUCCUGGAAGGAAGGAACCUGGUCUAUUCAGCCCCAACCAGUGCAGGAAAGACUUUAGUUGCUGAGUUGCUGAUUUUGAAGAGAGUUUUGGAGACCAGAAAGAAAGCUUUAUUCAUCCUUCCAUUCGUCUCUGUAGCAAAAGAGAAAACCUUCUACUUACAGAAUCUGUUCCAGGAGGUCGGGGUAAGGGUCGGGGGCUAUAUGGGGAGCUCAGCCCCCGCAGGAGGAUUCUCCUCUUUGGAUGUUGCUGUCUGCACUAUAGAAAAAGCCAAUGGAUUGGUUAACAGACUGAUCGAGGAGGACAGGAUGGAUCUGCUGGGAAUGAUGGUUGUCGAUGAGCUUCACAUGCUCGGGGAUUCCCAUCGAGGUUAUCUACUGGAACUACUCCUCACCAAGGUUCGAUAUGUCACUCAGAAGAGGGCCUCUAAGAAUGUUGAUGCCCAAAGAGCCGAUACACGGAAUGAAGUACAGAUUGUGGGUAUGAGUGCCACCCUGCCUAAUCUGGGCUUGCUGGCAUCGUGGCUUAAUGCUGAGCUAUACUGCACAGAUUACCGUCCGGUGCCACUUCUGGAGCAAGUGAAGGUUGGGAAAACGAUAUAUGACUCCACCAUGACAGCCAUGCGAGACUUUGAGCCAUUAAUACCCCUGAAGGGAGAUGAAGAUCACAUUGUCAGUCUAUGCUAUGAAACUAUACAAGGUGGACAUUCUGUCUUAAUCUUCUGUCCUUCAAAGAACUGGUGUGAGAAAUUGGCCGACACCAUUGCCCGUGAGUUCUACAACCUGUAUCAGUCAGCCGCUCAGCAACCAGAAGGAACGGGUAUAAUCGCCCCUGUGACACUGGAUAAAGAUGGUGUUCAGGAUGUGGUGGAUCAGUUAAAGCGCUCACCGGCAGCUCUGGACGCUGUAUUGGCUCGUACGGUUCCCUGGGGUGUGGCGUUCCACCAUGCUGGUCUGACAUUCGAUGAGAGGGACAUUAUUGAAGGAGCUUUCCGCCAGGGAUAUGUCCGUGUCUUGGCCGCCACUUCAACUCUGUCGUCGGGGGUAAACCUGCCAGCUCGCCGUGUCAUCAUCCGAUCUCCGCUUUUCAAUGGCCGCCUACUCGACAUUCUCACCUACAAGCAGAUGUCAGGAAGAGCAGGGCGAAAAGGAGUGGAUACUGUGGGUGAAAGUAUUCUUGUUUGUAAGAAUUCUGAGCGCUCCAAGGGCAUUAACUUGCUGCAGGGCACCCUUAAACCCAUACAGAGCUGUCUGAUGAGAAAUGAAGGGGUUGGCAUCACAGGAAGCAUGAUCCGGGCCAUACUGGAGAUUGUAGUUGGCGGAGUGGCAGACACCCCAGAUGAUGUUCGAGUUUAUGCCUCUUGCACUCUCCUGGCUGCCAGCAUAACGGAGAGUGAGGCAAACGUCAGGGGCAGGCAGGAAGAGGGAGCAAUCGAAUCCUGUGUGGAUUGGCUACUGAAGAACGAGUUCAUUCAAACUCUGGAGGAAGACAGAGAGGGCCGUAAAGUCGAAGUCUAUCGUCCAACAAAGCUGGGAUCUGCGACUCUGUCCUCGUCCCUCUCUCCCUACGAAGCUUUGGGGAUCUUUGCUGAUCUGCAGAGGGCAAUGAAGGGCUUUGUCCUGGAAAAUGACUUGCACAUCCUGUAUCUGGUCACACCGGUGUAUGAGGAAUGGACGACAAUUGACUGGUACCAGUUUUUUUGCCUAUGGGAGAAGCUUCCAGUCUCCAUGAAACGCGUUGCAGAACUUGUUGGUGUUGAGGAGGGGUUCCUUGCACGUUCUGUAAAGGGCAAAAUAUCAGCUAAAAAUGAUCGGCAGCACCGGCAGAUGGCAAUCCACAAAAGGUUUUUCACCAGCCUUGUGCUCCUUGAUUUAAUCAGUGAGGUUCCUCUAAAAGACCUGACCAAGAAAUAUGGCUGCAGCCGCGGCCAGCUUCAGUCACUGCAGCAAUCAGCUGCAACAUAUGCAGGAAUGGUGACCAUAUUCAGUAAUCGGCUCGGAUGGCACAAUAUGGAGCUUCUCUUGUCCCAGUUCCAGAGCCGACUCACCUUUGGUAUUCAGAGGGAGCUGUGCGACCUGGUCCGAGUGGACUUACUCAACGCUCAAAGGGCCCGGGCUCUCUAUAAUGCUGGCUUUAUCACAGUGUCAGAGCUGGCAAGAGGAAAUGUCAUCGAUGUGGAAACCGCAUUGAAGAACGCAGUGCCCUUUAAAAGUGUCCGGAGAGCAGUGGAUGAAGAUGAAGAGGCAGCUCAAGAGCGUCGAGCCGCUCGUUGCAUCUGGAUAUCAGGGAAGAAAGGCCUCACUGAGAGAGAAGCCGCUGAACUGAUUGUGGAAGAGGCCAGAAGAUUACUAAAACAAGAUUUGGCCAUGAUGGGAAUCAACUGGGAUCCUGACUCUGAUUCCUCUUUCAACACAAGCGAUGAGUCAGGAGAGAGGAGAAGAGAAAUGGAGUCUGGGCAAACAUCCGCUUCAUCUAGAACAGAAAGGGAGCCUGGGCAAACUUCUACUUCAUCUAGAACAGAAAGGGAGUCUGUGCAAGCAUCUACUUCAUGUAGAACAGAAAUGGAGUCUGGGCACACAUCCGCUUCAUCUAGAACAGAAAUGGAGUCUGGGCAAACAUCCGCUUCAUCUAGAACAGAAAGGGAGUCUGGGCAAACUUCUACUUCAUCUAGAACAGAAAGGGAGUCUGUGCAAGCAUCUACUUCAUCUAGAACAGAAAGGGAGUCUGUGCAAACAUCAGCUUCAUGUAGAACAGAAAUGGAGUCUGGGCACACAUCCACUGCAUCUAGAAGAGAAAUGGAGUCUGGGCAAACAUCCGCUUCAUCUAGAACAGAAAGGGAGUCUGGGCAAACAUCCGCUUCAUCUAGAACAGAAAGGGAGUCUGGGCAAACAUCCGCUUCAUCUAGAACAGAAAGGGAGUCUGGGCAAACAUCCGCUUCAUCUAGAACAGAAAGGGAGUCUGGGCAAACAUCCGCUUCAUCUAGAACAGAAAGGGAGUCUGGGCAAACAUCCGCUUCAUCUAGAACAGAAAGGGAGUCUGGGCAAACAUCCGCUUCAUCUAGAACAGAAAGGGAGUCUGGGCAAACAUCUGCUUCAUCUAGAAGAGAAAUGGAGUCUGGGCAAACAUUCGCUUCAUCUAGAACAGAAAGGGAGUCUGUGCAAGCAUCUACUUCAUGUAGAACAGAAAUGAAGUCUGGGCAAACAUCCACAUCAUCUAGAAGAGAAAGGGAGUCUGGGCAAACAUCCGCUUCAUCCAGAACAGAAAUGGAGUCUGGGCAAGCAUCAACUUCAUCCAGAACAGAAAUGGAGUCUGUGCAAGCAUCAACUUCAUCCAGAACAGAAAUGGAGUCUGUGCAAGCAUCAACUUCAUCCAGAACAGAAAUGGAGUCUGUGCAAGCAUCAACUUCAUCCAGAACAGAAAUUGAGUCUGGGCAAACAUCUACUUCAUCUAGAACAGAAAGCGAGUUUGUGCAGGUAUCUACUCUAUCUAUUACAAAGAGGCUGUUGGGGCAGGUAUCUGUAUCAUAUAGAACAUUAGAUGAUUCAGAAAAACCAUCUUCUUCAUCUCGAACCAAGAGGGAAUCAGGUCAGCCAUCUAAAUCAUCUAGAAAAGUGGACAAGACAGGGCAGCCAUCUGGCUCAUAUAGAAGUGAGGAGUCGUCAGAGCAGGCAUCUUCACGAUCUGAAGCAGAAUUUAAAUCUGUAAAAUUAUCUGCUUCAUCUAGAACUGCAGUAUUAUCGGAACCAUCAACUUUAUCUAGAAUCGAUAGGGAGCUAGUAAAAGCAUCUACUACACCUAGAAUAGAAAGGAGAUCAGAAGGGUUGUCUUCAUUAACAAGAACAGAAAGAGAUCCACUGGAGACAUUUAAGUUCUCAAGAAAAGACCCCAGGAAAAAUAAUUUCCUGGAAAAUGUGUUAUUAAAGGAUCCUAGACAAGUGUCAGUGCAGAGAAAGGAAGAUUGUGUUCAUUCAGACUCUUCACAACCUAAACCAAGUUGUGCAGAGAAUGAAAACAAUCCUUCAAGUCCAUCAGCCACAGUGUCUGAGAACAUUUUUAACGAGCUUCAAUUAAUGAAUGAGCCUAGAACAAAUUUACUUAAAUAUAACUCAGAGGAAUUAUUAAGUGAUAACACUCUGAGUAAUUGCUUGAUUGAUGAACCAUUAAGAGAAAUCGUUAAUGUCAAUGUGAACAAAACACUGGUCUAUACAACUGAGAGAGACUGUGCCUCAAAGGUCAAUAUUAUACAUAAAGCCAUGGUCGUCCAGGAUAGGGCCAAACCCCAAAGCAAUGCACUACCUGCCGUCUCCUCGAUUUUACAAGCACCAAUCAUCUCUCAUCUUGAUUCAACAAUGGGCCACAUUAUCUUAGGGAAUCUGCCCGCUAUACAGAGCGAGAAUGACGCAACAGUCUACAAAUCUGAAACCCUGAACGUAACACCCAAAGCUGAGAUUUGCAUACCAAGUAAUUCUGGAUUUUAUUCAUCUCCAGAUUUGCAUUCUGGAUCAAAGGCAUUUGAAGACAGUUUUCAGUUGGAUACCCAGACUGAGCGACUCAUGCAGCAGCGGAUGACCGCAGAAUCUGUGAUACAGAAGGAAGAACUAGAUCUGGACUUGCCGGCAGUAUUUUUAGGAAGACAAAGUGUUUUACAAAUUGCAAAUGUUGCAAAAGUUAUCACUGAGGCAAGUGAAGCACUUACAGAAAUGAACCCAUUGAAUCAGAUGACCGUGAAAGCUAUAGAGAGAGCUGCGAGCUUCCUCAGUGAACAGAUUGUAUCCUCAACAUGUCCAGAACCGGAGAAUCAGCUAAAAAGUGCAGAAAAAUGCUCUUGGCUUAAAGGUAAUGAUAUGUCUCUCACCGAUACACAGCUCCAGUGCUUUUUUCAGAAUUCUCCCUCUCUAAGUAAGUGUCAUGUCCUGCAAUGUGUAGAGAGCCCAGACUCCCUACACAAAGAUCCAGACUGCACACAGGUGACUGAUACUGUCUAUCAGAUGGUGGAGACAAGCCUGAAUAUGAGUGAUAGUUUCCUCUUUGAUAGCUUUACCGAGGAUAUAAUUACCGAUCCUAAACCACAAGAUGUCAAUCAGCCUUUAUUUGCAGCUUUACAGCCAGCCAUCUCCAAUGAGAGGCUUCAGAUUGAUAAUCUAGAUAACUCCUCUGACCUCAGAACUGAGCAACCAAAUGAACUCGUUAAUUUUAAUGAUGGAUCCAUGACUUUUUCCCAACUUGAUUCCUUCCAGGUAAUGGAAGUUCUAGAAAAUGUAGAUAUUGCUCCACCAUUGGACAUCAAAACCGCAACCACAAGUCCCACUCCACCAAAAAAGGCUGCAGAAGAUGGAACUAAUUCUCAUGCACAGCCCAGAAGGCUUGGAGUAGUAGAGAUAAUGAAAGGCCAAUCACUGUGGUCUCAAGCAUCAUUUAGUUUGAGUCAAGGUAUGCAAGAUGCCCUAGAUCAAUGGCCAAGUCUUUCAAAUAAUCUUAAUUUCACUGCCAGUCCUUCUGAAUCACAUGCAAGAGAACCUUUACUGGGAUUCAACCAAGAAGGGGCAGAAGGUUACUCAAGAACAAUUUGUCAGCAAAUACAGAUUUGUGCUUCUGAUAUAGAGGCUGAUGCUAUCAACCCUCCUGUAAAUGACAACCAUUGUUUCCUAGAACUCAUGAGCCGGAAUUCUACACCUAUUGCUCUUCAAGAAAAUAAAAUAAAAUCGGACACCAGGCCUGGAAGUAGGAAUGAACUUGUUCCACCAACUCCGCCAGCAGAUUGUGUGACUGGACAGUUGCUUGGCAUGUCCUCUAUUAAAUCAAGCAAUAAAAUUAAAGUGAUUGAGUCUCCGACAAGUCCUCCGUUCAUUCAACUGGCGAUCGAGGAUAAUGAAGAGGAAGUUCCUGGGACGCCAAACAAAAGCUUUGAUCCAAGGGCAGGCCGCAUUUCUGAGUUAAUUCCAGAUGUCUCUGCUAUAGACGAAGGCUUUUCUCUCCAGUUAUCACAGGAUACAUGUCCCUUCUCUGUUCCUUCUAGCUCAGAUACUUUCAGUAUUAUUGAUGUUGCGAGUGACCAGAAACUGUUUCACACAUUUCUAAAGGAAUGGAGAACCCAGUCUAGAUUUUCCCUAUCUGUGGCUUGUGAGAAGAGUAGGCAGCCAUUGCAAUCCCAUUCCUCUAUUGGAGGAAGGUUUAAACAAGUAAAGUCGCCGUCUCGAGUGCCGAGUAAAGAAGACGGACUGCCUAUCAAGGGCUGGGAUGGUCUAGUGGUUGUUGGGCUGGCGGUGUGCUGGGGGGGGAAGGAUGCCUAUUACCUCUCUCUGCAGAAAGUAGAAAACCAGACAGAUAUCAGCCCCAGCUUGGCUCCUCCCCCUCUGGACCAGAACCUCUCUGUGAAAGACCGUCUGUGGCACCUUCAGACCACGUUACAGCAGAUAUGUGGACGCAGAGGCCAGUGCUCCAUCAUCCUGUACAAUGUCAUCGACCAGUACAAAACCUUAGUCCGGGCGUGCAGUAUCUCCCUGACGGGACACUUCGAGGACCCAAAGGUGGCCUGCUGGUUGCUGGACCCUAGCUCAAAGGAACGGACCCUUCACAACAUGGUGACCAACUUCCUGCCUCAUGAACUGCCCUUGUUGGAGGGUGUGGGCACUGGGCAAGGAGUGCAGAGUCUGGGACUUAGUGCCAAUGGAGACCAGUCAGGGCGCUUCCGUGCAGCCAUAGAGUCUGUCCUUGUUCUCAGCACCAUGAACAAGCUCAGCCACCUGCUGGACAAGGAGAAACUCAAAGACGCGUUUUACAGGGUUGAGAUGCCCACGCAGUACUGCCUGGCUCUGCUAGAACUGAACGGCAUUGGGUUCAGCACUGAGGAGUGCGAGACCCAGAAACACAUAAUGCAAGCCAAGCUGAAUGAGAUCGAAGCCCAAGUCUACCAGCUGGCCGGCCACAGCUUCUCAUUGACUAGCCACGAGGACAUUGCUCAGGUCUUGUUUUUUGAGCUUAAACUUCCACCGAACGGAGAUUUAAAAGGGCAGGCAAAUAAGAAGACUCUGGGAUACUCGAGGAGGACAGCAGUCGGUGGAUCUCGGGUCCGACUUGGCAAGCAGUUCAGUACCACAAAGGAUGUUUUGGAGAAAUUGAAAGAUUUACACCCCAUUCCUGGUCUGAUCCUGGAGUGGAAGCGAAUCACCAAUGCUCUGACCAAGGUGGUGUUCCCGUUACAGAGAGAGAAGCGUUUCAGUGUCUGUCUGGGAAUGGAACGGAUCCAUCCUGUGUCUCAGACACACACAGCCACAGGUCGUGUCAGUUUUACAGAGCCUAAUAUCCAAAAUGUGCCCAAAGACUUUGAAAUUGAAAUGCCACGUCUUGUUGGAGAAAGUCCACCAUCUCAGGACAAGGGGGCGCAUGCUCCUUCACGAAACAGGGGUAGGAAGAAUACCUUCAUUUCUCUGAGGUCGAAGUUGCCCGUAGAAGAAAUACCUGCUGAGAAGGGAGUGCCAUUCUUCGUCAGUAUGCGUCAUGCCUUUGUGCCAUUCUCAGGAGGGCUUAUCUUGGCUGCAGAUUAUUCCCAGCUGGAACUGCGAAUCCUCGCUCAUUUAUCCAGAGACAGACGGCUCACCCAUGUCCUGAACAGCGGAGAAGAUGUGUUUAAGAGUAUUGCGGCAGAGUGGAAAAUGAUUGAUCCUGAAGCCGUAACAGACAAAGUGCGUCAGCAAGCGAAGCAGAUCUGCUAUGGAAUCGUCUAUGGGAUGGGAUCGAAAUCGCUGGGAGAGCAGAUGGGCAUCGAGACUGAAGAUGCAGCUUCUUAUAUUGAGUCCUUUAAAGCAAGAUACACAGGUAUCCAGAAAUUCCUGAAGGACACAGUAAAGAACUGCACUCACAAUGGCUUCGUACAGACCAUCCUCGGCCGGCGACGAUACCUUCCUGCCAUCAAGGACUCAAACCCCCAUGCUAGAGCCCAUGCAGAACGUCAGGCUGUAAACACAACUGUACAGGGGUCUGCUGCUGAUAUUGUAAAAACCGCAACAGUCAAUAUCCAGAAACGCCUGGAGGAAGCCUUCCCAUCAGCACCGAAAUCUCACGGUCACCAGGAGCAUGCUAGUAAGACAGGAAGGCAGAAGAAUCUUUUCCAGCCAACCCACGGUGCCUUCUUUAUCCUGCAACUUCAUGAUGAACUUAUUUAUGAAGCUGCAGAAGAUGAUGCAAUACAGGUAGCGCAGAUUAUAAAGAACGAGAUGGAAAAUGCCAUCAAAUUAUCCGUUAAACUGAAAGCAAAAGUGAAAAUUGGCCCCAGCUGGGGGGACUUGCAGGAUUUCGACCUGUAGAACGAAGGAUCCCCCCCCCUCCUCAUGGAAAUGAAUUUCUGUUUGUUACACAAACCUGCUGCUUGAUAAUCCCACAUCGGGAACCGACUGAAACCCAACAUGAUGGCACAUCCCGAUGUUUUAUGUCAUUUUAUGGACUCAGGAAAAUAAUUGUAUGAAAUCUGCUUUUCUAUUCUGUCUAAUGAAUUUUUACCAGUAAAUCAUUUAUAUAUGACCUUUAACAGA